AUGAAGACUUUACUUGUGUGCGCGCUUUCGCUCACUUUGCUCGCUUACUGCUCAGAGGCCUCCCCGCUUCUGACGGAGAAGCAGGCCAAGCAGCUCCUGAGAUCCAGGCGGCAGGACGAGGGCCGGCCCCCCAGCAAACCCGGCUUCCCGGACGAACCCAUGAGGGAGUACAUGCAGCAUCUGCUGCGCCUGGAACACCUGGCUGAGGAGCAGUUCCUGGAGCACUGGCUGAAUCCGCACUGCAAACCCCACUGUGACAGGAACCUGGUCCACCCGGUGUGA